CUCAGACAGGUCUUGAAUCAGUUUACUUUGACAGUUUAGGAGACACAUUACUGACACACCUGUUUCUGGAUCCUUAGGGAACCUGAAGCUGCAAGUUCUGCCUGCAGAAAAUUUCUUCUAUAGAAGAUUUACUGGCAGCAGCAAUUCAAGAACUGAUUCAAAGGAUAGUGCGUUUAAAAAAUGACAUCUGUACAAACGAAGAAAGGCGCCACUAAAGAAGCAGAUAGGCAGACUAUCCUGAAACAGAUGAAAGUGCGAACUACGUUUAAGAAGGACAAAAGCUGGAUACACCAAAGCUCAGAAGAUGAGAAUGAGGACAGCCCAGUGUCCCCACAACUUAAGUCUUUGGACGGAAAAAAGUUCCUGUGGUCCCCUACUCCUGAAACAAAAAGUGAGAGCCCCUUUAGGGAUUCAGCAACAUAUAAAUCUAAAGAGAUUACUACUACAAGAUCGUCAUCGUCUCCAGUUAAUAAAGAAUUUACAAGCACCACUAAUGAGGCUCAUACAUCAUCUUCAUUAUCACAAUCUCUUUCCAGUGAAAACAAGGCACCAAGGGUCUCAACUGGAUAUAUCAUAAGGGGACAACCAAUCAGUACAUCUUCCAGCACAAAAUCAAGUCAACCUUCAUUCAACGGAUACAAGAAUAGUUAUGUAACUCAAAACAAAAGUGCAAGCCUCCCACGUGUUCCAACUGCUACUGGCUACAAGAUGUCAACAGAGGAGUACAAGAAACUAGCUCCAUUUAAUACAAGAAGUACAUCAUUAGCAGAUCUGUCAGAUGAUGAGACACCUUUCUCUCAAGACGAACAUGCAAAGCGGAGUGAGGUAGCCAGUGGUGUCUUAAGAAACACAGCAACUAAACAGCGCUCAUAUGUUCUUUCAGCUGCAAAAAGAGACAGUGGAAUUGGAACACAAGACACUGCUAACCCCUUUGUGGCAAAACGAGUGGAAGUUAAAGAAGAAGAAAAUGAUACCAGGGAGAGCCAAACACUACCAAAAUCUUUGGCCUCAUAUCUCUAUGAUGAUGCCAGCAGGUUUGAAAACAAUUGGAAAGUGCAACAGAAUUCUUCCUCAUCUUCUCAGACAUCUCCAUCCAGAUAUAAUACUGCAAGAGAGACAAAUAAAACGUACUCUGUGGACAACGUAAGAAAUGUGACUGGAAGAGGGAGCGCUAAUAACACUUCGGAAAUCCCUAAACUUGCCUCUUCUACAACAACUCUUGUGUCAGAUACCACUAUCAAACCAGUGCAAGGAAAGAUCACAGUCAUCAGAGACGAGAGUGAUGAAGAAAAAGUACCAAAAACUACCUCAGAAAGCAGAUCGUAUUCUACAAGAACCACUAUUACCAGGAAUGAUGGGGUGGAAAUUAAAAAGGAAGAAAAUGAAAAUCCAAAGAGUGAUGCCCUCCCCAAAUCUUUGGCUGCCUAUCUUUAUGAAGAUGCAAACAGGUUUGAGAACAGCUGGAAAACACAGUCUUCAUCGUCUGAGACAUCUUCACCCAGACAUGAUACAACUACAAAUGAGACAGGCAGGACAUACUCUACUGGAAGCAGAACCACUACGGUCACAGGAAGGGAGAGUAGAAGUUAUGCCUCUGAAAUCCCAAAUCUAACCUCUUCAAGUACAACCCGUCUUACAGAGACAACUAUAAAGCCCAUCCCUGGGAGGAUCACAGUUAUUAACGAGAGUGAUGAUGACAAAGGGCCAACACCUACCACAGAAAGCAGAUCAGCAACUACAAGAACAAUUACAACCAGAGAUAAUGGUGAGAGCAAUAAACCCGACUAUCCCAAACUAUCGUCUUGGACAACAAGCAGCCCAGAAGACACAAACAACACAGUGAUUAGACCAGGACCUGGAAAAAUCACAGUCCUCAGGGAGGGAAGUGAUGAUGUCAAUACUGACUUGCCAAAGGUAACUUCAGAAAACAGGACUACAACAAGAAGGACAGUGGAUACAAGAAAUGAACGCAAUUAUGGGGACUCAGACAGACCAAUACUGGCGUCCUACACUGAUAAUGAAUCUACAAUACCAGAGAUUAGAACAGUGCCUGGAAAGAUCACGAUGCUUAGAGAUGACAGUGAUGAUGAAGAUGUUUCCAGCAGAGCAGCAGAAAGAAGAACUACAACCUCCACGGAAACCAUAACUGGAAGAAACUAUACCAACAAGGAGCCAGAUCUGAUAAACUGGGAAGAUUUAGAUAAGCCAACUGCCCCAGAAAACAGAAAUAACCCUGAGAUGGAAUCUCCACUGACUGUUAUCUCACCUGAGUUUACUGAUAAAAGGAGGUCCAAUCUUCCUACAAGACCAGGAUCCAUUAACACAGUAAAUGAAGCAAGAUACAGAGUACCAGAAAUUUUCGCAGAGCUGGAUUCCAAACCCAGCACCAGUCGAAUUAUUUCAGAUUCAGGAAACAGAACUAUUACAACUACAACUAGAGAGACUUAUUAUGGUUCUUCAAGAAAUUCAGAACCCAGAUCUGAGAGAAGAUCUAGUCCACUUCCUAGAGAAAAUGUUACCACAACAGUUACAGAAGCCAGAUACAAAGUGCCUGAAAUCUUAGAUGAAACAAUACUGGAAUCAAACAGAUCCAGUUCAAAUUCUGCUUCCACUCCAUCUCGUACAGCAGAGAAAUACAAAGAUUACUUGGAGGAAAUUGAAUCAAGAUCUUCAAGAUCUGUGAGUUCAAGAGAACAUAUUACCACAACUACUACAGUGGAGACUCGCUAUGAAAGCCCUUCCCCAAGUGAGCUCAGUGAUUCUGACCCUAAAGAAACAAAUAACAAAAUCCUGUUUGUCAAGGAAUAUGUGAACUCAAGUGAAAAUCUCACAUCUCCAUCAUACAGUGGAAACCGUCCAUAUUUUAAUGAAGGAUCAGAAAGCAUCACAUAUGGCAGCUCUAGCUACCUGUAUGGCAGUGCACCAACAAGAUCUGCUGAAGCUCCCUGUACUUACUGUGGCCGAGAAAUCAGUGAUGGGGCCAAAAUCAUCUUGGAGCACCUUAAUAUUUAUUGCCAUGAAUACUGUUUUAAGUGUGGCAUUUGUCACAAGCCUAUGGGAGAUUUGAUCGACAGUCUGUUUAUCCACCGGGAUGUGGUCCACUGUGAAAGUUGCUAUGAAAAGCUAUUCUAGGUUUGGAGGAAAAACAGGAUGGUGAAGCUGAAGCUAUUAUGAGUUAAAGUAUUUUACUUCUACUUAAUCACUAUCACAUGAUAUUGAUUGUUGUAAAUUAUCCUAAAGAUGUGAUUGAUAAAUGUUCAUAAUGAAACUGAGCUUCUUUAUCAAAAUACAUUGUCUGCAGAACAAACACAAAGUCAUAUAAUUUUGCAUGCUAAGGUGCAUAUACUAUAUGCUACAUAUAUUAUCCAGCUUUCUGAAAGCAGUGGGAAUUUUUACCAUAAACCAUUAUAAUAGCAGCACAUAACCCCUAAAGGAUAAAGGAUUCUUCAUUUAGAUCCAAGAUACUAAGCUAUUAAUAUCCAUGUAUACUGGUAUUACCAUGGACAAAGCCAUAAAUGUAAUUGGUACCUAUAAUAUCAUUGGUUUAAGCAUUGCAUGCAUUAAGGUAGAUGCCUUUGGAUGUAUUUAUUUAUUUAAUUAUACAUUUACUGAUGCCAAUAUAAUGAGUGCCUUAUUUAUAACCCUCAAACACUUUGCACCACAAAUCAAGGAACGUUUUAAAACUAACGUUUACAUUUAUAAUCAUUAUUUCAAUUGCUUUGGCCUUUAUGAUUUUUGUUAGUUAGUUAAAUAUUCUUCCAAAAAAGUGUGGUUAUUACGCAGUGAGGUUUUCAUUUUACAUUAUAUUAUGUAAUCUAUGCAGUUGGAAAUCUGAAAAUAGGCUAUGAGCUAACUGAUUAAUUGAUAUCACAUUGUAUUGUGCUGCCCAGUUUUCUGCUGAUUUUAAAGGGACAUUAUACACUCAAUUUUUCUUUCCAUAAAUGUUUUGUAGAUGAUCCAUUUAUAUAGCCCAUACAAGGUUUUUUUAAAAAAAAUGUAUAGUUUUGCUUAUUUUUAAAUUACUUUGCUCUGAUUUUCAGACUCCCAACCAAGCCCCAAAGUUUUAGGAGAAUACCGAGGUAUUCCUACUCCAGCUUGCUCCUGUUUGUUUAAAGGGUCUUUUCAUAUACAGGGGAGGGGGAGUGUCUGUUAUUUCCCACUUAAAGUGGGUGUUCUAGUAACCUUUUAAACAGAGCUAAACUGGAAGCUUCUAAGUAAGUUUUUAAAUGGUUUUAUACUGGAUUUUUGUAUCAGUAUCUGUGCAUAUUAUUCUUUAUAGUAGUGUCUAUUACAUGCAGUUACAUGAAAAUUGGUGUAUACUGUCCCUUUAAUGUUGUGCUUAUUAGGAAGCUGGAAGUGGAUUCAUGCAAAUUAUUAUGAUUCACUAAUUGUCAUCUCCUUGAAAUGCAGUUAAAAACAAAUACUCAUGAUGAAGGUGUGUGUUACCCAGGUUUUUGCCGGAGUGGGGGAUUCUGCACAAGGUGUACACUUGCUAAGCAGUUAAAAUCCAACAGUGAAAAACAUGUCCUAAUAUAAUGCACUUACGUGGCACCAUUACCAAUAUAUCUUACACAAAGUAACUAGAAAUUAGAUUGUAGUCUUUGAAGAAGAGGUGUUAUAUAGUCAAAGAGACAAAUUACAAUGUGAUUAAAAAAGACAUGUAGAAGACCUAGUUCCAUAAGCAUGCAUCAAAAAUAAACUUUUACUGAUCUAAAUGAUAUAUUCUGUGUACUAUGUAAUUUGCCCAAGUAUUAAAUAAAACUCCAUUUUUUCAUAGCUGCACAUUAUAUAAUCUUACAAUAGUAAUUAACUGACACUGACAGAUGGAUUGCGAACAUUUAAAAUGUGCUAAUAACUUGCUUCAAAAUGUCACCUUAUCUUCUUAAUUGUAAUAUAUAGAUUGUUAAGUCAGCUUUACAACAAGAAUGUUUAUUUUAAGUGCUACAGACUCUGCAAGUCUAUGUAAUUAACUCCUGCAAAGUGGUUAAACACAUAGUUAAAGAGCUGCUUAGAAGAUGCAGAGAACUGCUGGCCCCAAGCACACACAAGCACUGAAUCAAACAGCAGUAGCAUAAACCAGCUGCCUUUGCAACGGUUAAACACCUAAUCUAGACUUUCCAGGAUCAGUAUUUCUAAAAUUGCAUGAACAAAUUAGAGCAUGCAUUUGUUUGCAAUGCAAUGUUCAGUUAAGUUUGUUAUAUAAUGCUUAACAGGAAGGAACGCUACAGUAUUUUGUUACACUGUGUUACUGUUGUGAAACAGUGAGGGCAAGUUCUAAUCAUUGGAUCAAUAUGCAGCAAGAGAUCACUAAUAACAUCUUACAAAGAAUAACUGGAAUAUAAACAAUAUAACAAUGCAGUUCUAUCUCUACUGUUACAAAACAAUUGUAUCAAUAAAUAUUAAACUAUUAAAUGUUCCAAUUCAUACGUCAAUGUUAUUUGAAAGCAUAUUAUAUUGGGGAUAUAGGGAUAAAUAUUGUAAUAUAUCCAGAUGGUAUCGUUUUACCGUAUUAUGCUUUACUAUGUUAAGGUUGUCAUCCUCAUUCAUAUUCUUUAUGACUGUAUCUUGCUAUAUUACAAGAAAACUAUUAAAGUAUUAUUUUAAAUGA